AUGGUCAGUGUUACAUCCACCGGGAAGACAUUUGUCGUUGGUUUUACUUUUUUGGAGUGUGAAAGAGGGGAUAAUUUUAGGUGGACCUUGGAGGUGUGUCGCUCAGUUUUGAAAAAACAAGUCGAUAUGCCUAAGGCGAUUGUUACGGACCGUGACCCCACUUUGAUGAAUGUGGUUGCAAAGGUAUUUCCUUCUUCCGAUGCAUUAAUUUGUCGAUAUCACAUAUCAUGUAAUGUGAUAAGUAAGGUUAAACCCGUUGUGGGGACGAAACAAGCAGCGACCGAAGGCGGGAAAGCGGUGAAGCCCGGAGUGAUUGUUGACCAAAUGAUGGAUGCAUGGGAUCGUGUUGCAAAUUCGUCGACAAAAGAAUUGAAUGCCUAUGCUGUAUUGCAAUUUCGAAAAAUAUGUGAAAAAUAUCCUGAUUUAUUGAAAUACAUUGAAAGCACCAUUCUUGACAAAGUGAAGGAGAAGUUUGUUUGUGUGUGGACGGAUAAGGUCCAACACCUUGGGAAUACAACCACCAAUAGAGUUGAGUCGGCACAUGCUACUUUGAAAAAUUGGUUGUGUAGUAGCAAGGGUGAUUUGUGUAAAGCAUGGGACACCAUAAAUCACAUGAUUUCGAACCAACACAACGAAAUACAAACCUCGUUCGGUCGGAGCAUUUCGGUUUUUGAGCAUCGAUUUAAGAAUAACAUCCUUUACUCUCAAUUGAUCGGCAAUGCAUCUCGGGGCGGAUUGAAUUAUAUCUUUCACGAGGUAAAACGAGGUGAAACAAUUGGUGGCGAUAGCGCAAAGCGUGGUUGCACUAUUAUUAUCACGUAUGGUCUCCCGUGUGCUUGUGCUAUUGCUAAAAAAGUGAGAUUUGGUAAGCCAGUAACAAUGAAUGAAAUCACUCAUUAUUGGAAGAGACUUACUUUUGAUGAUGAUGGUUGUGUCGAAGAAGAUUCGAAUAUCUCUAUUAUUUCCGAAUUGGAGGCGAUACAAGAGAGGUUUUUGAAGACCGAUGACAACAUGAAAUUAUACAUCAAAGAACAAUUGCAGAGGAUUGGAUUUCCCGAAACAACCGACAUGAAACCGCCGUCUUAA